AUGUACCAAGCAAUUCCUUAUAGAGCAUGUGUCUCCACAGUCACACGCGACCUUCCAAUCACCGGAGGCGUCCCCGAAACCAACGUAAUCACAAUGGUUUCAGAGAACGCAGUUAUUAUCAUCGGUACACGUGACUGCUGUCUCUGCCACGUCGUCAAAAGGUUGUUACAAGGUCUCGGAGUCAACCCUCCUGUCUACGAGGUUGAUCAAGACCGUGAAACUGCCGUCGUUGCACAGCUGUCAACACACGCUUCCGCCACCGAAACGGUUCAGUUCCCGGCGGUGUUUGUCGGCGGGAAGCUGCUUGGAGGGCUGGAAAGAGUCAUGGCUAGUCAUAUUUCAGGUGAAUUGGUUCCGAUAUUAAAAGAUGCUGGUGCUUUGUGGCUUUGA